AUGGUGACAAUACGAACACAACCGACUGGUAAUGUGUGGGAGUUUGAAAAUGAAUGGAGCGUUGGAAUAUGUGGUUGUUGUAGUGAUCUUGGAACUUGUUGUUUUGCCCAUUGGUGUUGUCCAUGCUUUGUGUGUAAAUUACAAGCACGAACUAAUGAAUGUCUAUGUACAGGAUGCUUGCCCGGAGCCAAUACAGCAUUAAGGACUAAAAUUCGAACGGGCUUUCGUAUACGGGGAGCAGUAUGCGGUGACGCAUGUGCAAUGUGUUGUUGUCCGUGUUGUUCGAUUAUACAAAUGUAUAAUGAACUCGAAUUUCAAGGACUCUGA